UGAGUUUAUGAGCAGGCGUGAGCUUCGUGAGGUCGACCGGUGUGUGUUUCUGGGAGUCUCACGCAUAAACAGAAACAGACACAUCAGCGUGCGUUAUCUUUCUCUCAUCGCGAUUCACAACUGACUUCAAAUCGAUCUUUGAAUCUGGAAUUUGCAUAAAACUUGCAGUGACAACUUUUAACACCUGGAACAUCCGGAUAUUAUUAACUAACGUGACUGCGUGUGAACCUACGGCCAUGUCCACAGCUGAAGUGAUGGACCAUCCAGGAGACGCGAGCCUCCUCCAGUCCUGUGGAACAGCAGACAGUCUCGCCUCCCUGGAAGAUGCCACCGCCGAGUCUACGGCAAAUGAGUCAUCGGAGGAGGAAUCAGCAUGUGCCAGAACAGAGCAAUCAAAUACCAAAGCCCAACAGAGCAUGCACACAGAAUCAGGUGCCACCCCUCGUCCCGACUCGCUCUCCCUGCCCGCUAAGGGCACAGAGCUCUGGAAUACACACAGGGAUGGAGAGGUGAAGCUCAGGAUGGGUGAGUCCGGCCCUGAGGCUGAACCCUCCUUGACUGUGAACCAGAUGUUCACUUCUACGGUGCAGCGCUUUGGCAACUACAAUGCGCUGGGCUGGAAAGAUGGAGAGCAGUGGAAAACCAUGACAUAUAACGAGUACUACAAGUCUUGCCGCACUGCUGCCAAGAGCUUCCUCAAACUUGGUCUGGAGCGGUACCACGGCGUCGGUAUCCUCGGGUUUAACUCGGUCGAGUGGUUUAUUGCUGACAUCGGGGCUAUUUUAGCUGGGGGGUUUGCUGUGGGCAUCUACACCACCAACUCACCCGAGGCGUGCCAGUAUGUGGCGGAGAACUGCCAGGCCAACAUCCUUGUGGUGGAAAACCACAAACAGCUUCAGAAGAUCUUGCAGGUCCAGGACAAAUUACCGCACCUAAAAGCCAUUAUCCAAUACAAAGAUGAGCUGAAAGAGAAAAAGCCCAAUCUCUACACGUGGGCAGAGUUUAUGGAGCUGGGCCGCGAUGAGCCUGAUGCUCAGCUGGAUGAUAUCAUCAGCUCCCAGAAACCCAAUCAGUGCUGUACACUGAUCUACACAUCCGGAACCACGGGCCAGCCGAAGGGAGUCAUGCUUAGUCACGACAAUCUCACAUGGACAGCAUUUGCAACUGGCCGAGAUGUGAGCCUGAUAGAUGCAGAUAAGCUACAGGAAGUGGUCGUGAGUUACCUGCCACUCAGCCAUAUUGCUGCACAGAUGAUUGACGUCUGGCUUCCCAUGAAAGCAGGAGGAGUCACAUACUUUGCACAGCCCGAUGCACUAAAGGGUUCUUUGGCUAACACUCUACGAGAGAUACGCCCUACCGCGUUCAUGGGUGUCCCCCGGGUGUGGGAGAAGAUGCAGGAAAAGAUGAAGUCGAUUGGAGCCAAAUCGUCCACCGUGCGCCGGAAGGUGGCGUCCUGGGCCAAAGACGUGGGCCUGCAGACCAACCUCAACAAAAUGGACCUGUAUGUACACACACACACACACAGACACAAAACAAGUAAUGGCAGCCUGUCCAGAAAGCCAUUAAACUAUCGACUGGCGAAGCGUCUGGUGUUCCGGAAGGUUCGGAAGGCGCUGGGGCUGGAUCGCUGUACGAGGUGCUACACGGGAGCAGCUCCCAUAACCAAAGACACGCUGGAGUUUUUCCUCAGUCUGGACAUUCCUCUGUUUGAGCUCUAUGGCAUGAGUGAGAGCUCUGGACCGCAAACCAUCUCACUGCCCGAUGCCUUCAGACUCACCAGCUGUGGAAAGGUAAUUUCAGGCUGCAAGACGAAGAUCUUCAACCCGGAUGCCGAUGGCAAUGGAGAGAUUUGUUUCUGGGGCCGUCAUGUGUUCAUGGGCUACUUGAAUAUGCCCGAUAAAACCGAAGAGGCUCUGGAUGCAGAUGGCUGGCUGCACUCGGGUGACCUCGGAAAACACGACCAGGAUGACUUCCUGUUUAUCACCGGACGCAUUAAAGAACUGAUCAUCACAGCCGGAGGUGAAAAUAUUCCCCCAGUGCCCAUUGAGGAUGCUGUUAAAGAGGCCGUUCCGCUCAUCAGCAAUGCCAUGCUUAUCGGAGACAAGAGAAAGUUCCUCUCCAUGCUGCUCACCAUUAAGUGUCAGGUAAACAACGAAACGGGCGCUCCCGAAGACGAACUGAGUCCUGAGGCGGUGGAGUCGUGUCGUAAGCUCGGCAGCAACUCCACGCGAGUCAGCGAGAUCGCCGGUGGCCGUGACCGAGUCGUAUACGCAGCUAUUCAAGAAGGCAUCAACCGCGUCAACGAGAAAGCCACCUCUAAUGCCCAGCGCAUCCAGAAAUGGACCGUUUUGGAGAAGGAUUUCUCUAUCCCUGGCGGAGAGCUGGGUCCCACGAUGAAGCUCAAGAGGCCAGUGGUCAUGAAGAUGUACAAAGACCAGAUCGAGAACUUUUACAAAGAAGUCUUGACCCCAACCACCCCAGACAACCCUCUGCCUCCUAAAUAGGUGUCCAACAAAAGGCCUUGUCACCCACUUCAGAGAUAGGAGACGAAGGGACUGACAUGGUCUAAAAAACACACUUACAUAGGAACACCACUCAGACCUUGUGUUUUGCUUGUCCAUUUUUGAGUUAAUAUUUGUUCAGGGUUUUGUAAUUGUUGUUCAUUUCAUACUGUUUACAUUUUUCUGUUUUAUAGCAAGAAGGAAAACAUGUUUAUAAAAAACAAAAAGCCAUUUGUGAAUUUGACUUUUUUUUAUUUUUGUUGUGAUUUACUAUUUAUUUUCUUGCCUAAUUAUAAUGAAGUGUCUUUUAAGCCAUGUUCUUGAUUUAUAUGUAAGUGCAGGUGACUUGAAUGUCUGAUAGAUAGCAGUUAAUGUAUGGUUAAAUUUAUCAACAAAGUUUGAGAAAUCUUAAUACCGAACAAGCAAGCUUACACAUCAGGCAUGACUGAAUACUUUGAGAAAAGCAUUUUGUGGUUGUGCUCUUUCAUCAACGGCACUGCUGCCACCAAAAACACUGAUUGUUUAAAGGAAACUAGGUGUUUAAGGAACAACCACGAGACGUUCUGUGAAGAUCAUUUAGCAAGAAUCCCGUUCCAUAUAAGCCAUAAAUGUUUCUGUUUGUAUGUUUUUUGUAACCAAAUGUGUCAUUUGAAUGUUUGUUUCGCUUAUGCAGUUGGUUAAUUUUGUCAUUUGAAAUUCUUUGUAAAAUGAAUCUGUUAUAUAGUGUAAAUACAUAUUGCAUACAUUUGUUUUUCUGAUUUGAUGCUUUGCUGCAUCACUCUGACAAUCCUCAAAGUAGCAAGAGGUUGGAUGUCAUGCAGUCUCGUGUCAGCAUGAGUUUUAUGAAAAAUUAUAUAAUCUGGAUUGAGAGAACAGGUUAAUAUUUAUUUUAUGAAAAAAGGGAUGUGAAGGAGCUGGUGUGAGGAGGUCAGAAUUUGAUUCGCCAAGCUGUGUUGCAUUAUUUUUUGCUUUGCAUGUGCAAUAAGGAUAUUUCGACCAAAAAUGUAACUGAUUUUAUUUCAAUUGUAUACUGCAUAGUAAAAAUGAUAACAAUGCAAUAUAGAAAAAGCAUAUGGAUUGAGCAAAGAGGUUAAAUGAUCGAACUUUGGAAAGUUUGUGAAUUGGGAAGUGCUAUUUAAUCAGUCAAGUGCAAAAACAACUGCAAAUCACUUAAAUGCAAACCCAAAGAUAUGAUUUUCCCUCUGUAAAUAGAUUAGUUUUAUCUCACUAAAGAGCUUUCCUCAAAUACUGGACCUGUUACUUAAGUGUGUAUACUCUCUGACUGCAUAGCAUGACCACAGCAAGGCCUUUUGUAAAUAUAGGAAGACUUUUAGUUUAAUUUGUGCAUGAAAUGAGACGUUGAAGAAGUUGUUUGCUCAAUCAGAAUUGGUGAGAAUGAAGGUAGAGCUAGUAAGUGAUUUCCUUUCUUCUAUCUGGGAUUUCUAUUAUGGUUUCAACUAAAUUACUCUAAAUUCUUUUUCAAAAUCCACUUGCAGUU